CCUCCAGAGCGGAAGGAAGCCGGAAGUGAGCGUCUCCGGAACCCGGAAGUCCUGGCAGGAAAAGGCGAGCGGGGACUUCAGCCGGGAUGGACGAUACACUCUUUCAGUUAAAGUUUACAGCCAAGCAGCUGGAGAAGCUUGCCAAGAAGGCAGAAAAGGACUCCAAAACAGAACAAGCCAAAGUCAAGAAGGCCCUUCAGCAGAAGAAUGUGGAAUGUGCUCGGGUUUACGCAGAGAACGCCAUCCGGAAGAAGAACGAAGGUCUGAACUGGCUGCGGAUGGCUUCCCGUGUAGAUGCUGUGGCCUCCAAGGUCCAGACAGCUGUGACCAUGAAGGGAGUAACCAAGAAUAUGGCCCAGGUGACCAAGGCCUUGGACAAAGCUCUCGGCUCCAUGGAUCUUCAGAAGGUUUCGGCUGUGAUGGACAAGUUUGAACAGCAGGUCCAGAAUUUGGAUGUCCACACUUCAGUGAUGGAGGACUCCAUGAGCUCAGCCACCACUUUGACGACGCCCCAGGAGCAAGUGGACAGUCUGAUCGUGCAGAUUGCGGAGGAGAACGGCCUGGAGGUCAUGGACCAGCUGAACCAGCUGCCCGAAGGGGCCUCGGCCAUGGGAGAGAGCUCGACGCGUUCGCAGGAGGAUCAGCUGUCACGGAGGUUGGCUGCCCUGCGGAAUUAAUUCUCCCGCCCCCUCGCAGACAGUUGCUCCUGCCUUGUCCCCCUGUGAUUUGUGGGGUUUUCUGCCUGGAGCCCUGGCCUUCCAGCCCUCUGGCCAUUCUCCUCAAGGGGCAGGGAGAAGACAGCCCUGUCCACCUCUGCGGGCCUGCCCUGCCCAGCGUGGACCUCCUCCUCCUCC